CACAUCACGGUACAGAUACAGCAAUCGCACUCUUCAUCACCGCAGUCGCAUCCAAAGCACGGCUUGGAGACUGUCUUGAUGGGUUUCCUGAUCGAAGACCCCGAGCUGGAGGAGGGGAGUAUGAAGUUGACGGGAGAGGAGAAGGAUCCGGCGUUCAUUCUGGAUAAGAGGUGA